AUGAUGUCUGGGCACUCAAGGAGUGAUAGCGACAGUCCUUUUGAUGUCGACGAACUUCUGCAGAUUCAGACGAGAUGCCGGGAGCUUUGGAAAGAGAAGGACAUGCUGAGAGAAUCACAGCCCCAGAGCAUUGAAUUCUUAAGGGGGUUAGAAUCACAUGUGAAGUCUCUGACUGGGGCUCGUGCGAAAGACAGAAGACGCAUAGAAAUGUUGGAAAGGGAGCUAUUAAAUUGCUCUCAAGAGAUAGAUUACUUUCAAGAUCAACUCAGUGCAAGGAAUGCUGAGGUGUUCAGUUUAGGGAAGCAUGUCGAUGAGCUCGAGUUAAAAUUAGUCAAGGUGCAUGAUGUAGAGAUGAAGAAUCACCAAUUAUGUGACGAAUUGGAACGGUCUAAGUCAGAAAAUCAGUUAUUGAUUGAAGAACUAUAUAGCAAAGAGGUGGAGCUGAAACGUUCAUCUUUAGUUAUAAAGACACUAGAGGAGUCAAUUUGCUCUGUAACCCUAGAUUCUCUGUGCGAAAUUGAGGGCAUGAAGCUUGAUAUGAUGGGUUUGGAACAACCUUCCUUUGAAGUUCAAAAAGCUCAAGAAGAAGCCAUUCAAGAAAAUGUAUCCAUGAAUAAGCUAAUCAAAGAACUGGACAUUCAGAUUCUGAAUAAUCAAAAAGCUGCUGAAGAUUUAGAAAGGGAAAAUAAAGAACUGAGAAAUAAGCUGAGGGCAUCAGAAAUAAGUGCUCAAGAAUAUCUUCAGAUGAUUGACAAAGUGCUAAAACCCACGUGUAGCAAGACCGCAAGCAGUACGAAGGUGUCUAAUGAAAUGAGUGCUUGUGGGGAGGUGCUUGGUGAACUCUUUUUGAAGCUCCCUAUGCUAUUGGAAGCAGAAGGGGAUUCAAAGGGGCAACUUAACAGUAUGUCAUGCCUGAUAAACGACUAUGAAGCUAUUGUGAGAAACCUUAAGGAAGAACUGAAAGAGCUCAAAUUAAAAGCAAAGGAAGAAGCUGAAGACUUGGCACAAGAAAUGGCUGAGUUGAGGUACGAAACAACAAGUUUACUUGAAGAAGAGCGCAAACGGCGUGCUUCCAUUGAACUAGCAUCGAUACAAAGAAUAGCUGAAUUAGAGUCGCAGGUUCAAAAAGAAAAAAGGAAGUUGGUUGCUGCUAUUGGCCAUCUCAAUGAAGCAUAG